UCCCAUUCACCCGGAGCGGACUGAUUGAUUGAUUGAUUGACUAAUAACGGGAUUUUGCUGUGAUAUUGAUAAUGAUGGGCUGCGUCACUGGAGAUAUUCCUCUCAUCAUUGGGCUCUAUAUUCUCACCUGUUUCUCCACAACACACGGCGCUGAUCCACUGCGAGGUUUUGUGGAGUUGCGUUUCGUGUUGGAGCCCGAGGACGUGGUGACAGUUCGUGGUGGCGUCCUGCAGCUGGACUGUGAGGUGCGCUCGGAUCAGGGCAUUCCCGUCAUCGCGUGGAAGAAAGACGGCGUUCUCUUGAGCGCGGUGGUGGACGAGCGUAGACAGCAGCUUUCAAAUGGAACGUUACUCGUGCAGAAUGUCGUUCACUCGAGACACCAUCGGCCGGACGAGGGAGCGUACCAGUGUCUCGCCACACUGGAGGGCAUCGGUGCGAUCGUCAGUCGAACGGCCAAAGUCACCGUGUCUGGUCCUUUACGGGUAGUGGUCCCCACCGAGUCAGUCUCCACCCACCUGGGCGACACAGCUCUGCUGCGGUGUGAGGUCACAGGUGAACCCAUGCCUGUGGUGCGCUGGCAGAAAAACAGAGAGGACCUGCCAUUGACCUUUGACCCUGACAGCAGAGUGGUGGUGCUGCCGUCAGGCUCUCUGCAGGUCAGCAGGGUGCAGCCACCCGACUCAGCCACCUACCGAUGCUUGGCAGAGAACCCUGGCAGCGCCCGCACGGGCACAGACGCCGACCUGCGUGUGCUUCCUGAGCCUGGAGUGUCAAGAAGUCUGAUGUUCCUCCAGAGGCCUCAGAGGGUUACGGCUCUUCAGGGCAGAGACGCCGUUCUCGAGUGUUCUGCCUCCGGCUAUCCGAACCCAUCCUUCUACUGGAUGAGAGGAAGUGAACUCAUACAGAGCAGAUCAAAGAAAUAUUCUCUCCUGAGCGACAGUAAUCUGUUGAUUAGCAGCGUCACUGACGAUGACUCUGGAAUCUACACCUGCGUCGCUCAAAAUAAACACCAGAACAUCUCCGCGUCCUGUGAGCUGUCAGUGAUCGUGCCUCCCCAGUUCCUGAACUAUCCGUCCAACAUGUAUGCAUACGAGAGCACCGACAUCGAAAUGGAGUGUGCCGUAACAGGAAACCCGCAGCCCACCGUCCGCUGGGUGAAGAACGGUGAGGUGGUCAUUCCCAGCGAUUACUUCCAGAUUGUGGACAGUGGUAACCUGCAGAUUCUGGGUCUGGUCCGGUCUGAUGAAGGAUUUUAUCAGUGUAUUGCAGAGAAUGAAGCAGGAAACAGUCAGGCGUUGGCUCAACUCAUACUGCUACAGCCUGUUACCCCGAGCUCAGGCGCCCUCCCCUCCGCUCCCCGUGACGUGGCCCCUGUCCUCGUGUCCAGCCGCUUCGUGCGCCUCGGAUGGCGCCCCCCGGAGGAGACGCGCGGGACGGUCAUAACAUAUGGAGUCUUCUUCUCUGAGGAGGGCAUCAACAGGGAACGCUCCAUUAAUGUGACUGAGGUGGAGAGUUUGCAGUUAACGGUGAAUAAUCUGAAGCCAGAGGCCACAUACUCAUUCAGAGUCAUUGCUUACAAUGAGCAUGGACCAGGAGAGAGUUCAGAGGUCAUCAGACUGUCCACACAACCUGAGCUUCUGGUUCCUGGUCCAGUGGUAAACCUCCGAGCAGAAGCGACUUCCCCGACCUCCAUCCAGGCCUCGUGGGACCCCCCAGCACACGCCAACGGCCCCGUCCAGAGUUACCGCCUGCUGUGGACCGAGACUUCAAGCGGUAAAGAGCAGAAUGUGGAGGUGGUCGGUCAAAGCUACAGGAUGGAGGGGCUGAAGAAAUUCACAGAGUAUUCUUUACGAGUGCUGGCGGUGAACCGACAUGGUCCCGGCAUCUCCGAUGAAGACACGCUCAUCACUACACUGUCAGAUGUGCCCAGCGCUCCACCACAGAACAUCUCACUGGAGGUGGUUUACUCACGGAGUAUUAAAGUGAGCUGGCAGCCUCCUCCACCAAACACACAGAAUGGAUUCAUCACUGGAUACAAGAUCCGUCAUCGGAAAACAGGCCGGCGAGGUGAACAGGAAGCCAUUGAACCCAACAACCUCUGGUACCUGUUCACAGGACUCGAGAAAGGCAGUCAGUACAGCUUCCAAGUCGCAGCCAUGACGGUGAAUGGGACGGGACCGAACAGUGAUUGGAUCACAGCCGAGACACCUGAGAAUGACCUAGAUGAAACCCAAGUUCCAAACCAGCCAAGUUCUUUACACGUACGUCCGCUGCCCAACAGCAUCAUCAUGAGCUGGACGCCUCCACUGAAUCCAAACAUCUUAGUACGGGGUUACAUCAUCGGCUAUGGGGUUGGCAGUCCUUACGCUGAGACCGUGAGGGUGGACAGCAAACAACGAUAUUACUCUAUAGAGAACUUAGAGCCCAGCUCUCAUUACGUCAUAUCUCUGAAGGCCUUCAAUAAUGCUGGUGAAGGAGUUCCACUCUAUGAAAGCGCUGUCACCAGAUCAAUGUCAGACCCCUCUGAUCCAUCAGACGAUGAUAUGUUCCAUCUGUUUGAUAAAUUUCCCACCCCCAUCCCAGAUGCGUCCACGCCCAUGAUUCCUCCUGUAGGUGUGCAGGCGGUGGCUCUCACUUCAGACUCUGUGCGGGUCAACUGGGCUGAUAACUCCAUUCCAAAGAACCAGAAGUCCUCUGAAGUGCGGUAUUACUCCGUCAAGUGGAAGACCAGCCACUCCACCAGUGGAAAAUACAAGUCAGCUGACACUACAGCUCUGAGUCACACAGUCACCGGUCUGAAGCCAAACACCAUGUAUGAAUUCUCUGUCAUGGUAACAAAAGGCCGUAAAUCCAGCACAUGGAGUAUGACGGCACACGCCACCACAUAUGAAGCAGCACCGAGCUCCGCCCCAAAGGAUCUGACUGUGAUUGGCCGAGAGGGACGACCGCGAGCCAUUCUCAUUAGCUGGCAGCCACCGCUGGAGGCCAAUGGACGAAUCACAGGUUAUAUCAUUUAUUACACUCUGGAUAAGAACAUGCCGAUUGAUGAUUGGGUGAUGGAGCCCAUCAGUGGAGAUCGUCUCACUCAUCAGGUCAUGGAUCUGAAUCUGGACACUGUGUACUACUAUCGUAUUCAGGCCAAGAACGCUAAAGGAGUUGGGCCGCUGUCAGACCCCGUACAGUACAGGACGUCUAAAGUUGAGCAUCCUGACAAGAUGGCCAAUGAUCAAGGUCGUCAUGGAGACAGCGGAUACUGGCCCUCUGACAAUAACCUGAUUGACAUGAGCAGUCUGAACGAGCCUCCGAUUGGUCAGAUGCGGCCGCCGCAUGGCAGUGUGACCCCACAGAAGAACAGCAACCUGCUGGUGAUCAUCGUUGUUUCCGUGGGAGCCGUUACCGUGGUAGUGGUGGUCAUCGUCGCAUUGAUCUGCACUCGCCGCUCAUCUGCGCAGCAGAGGAAGAAACGUGCUUCUCACAGCGCUGCUAAGCGGAAAGGCAGCCAGAAAGACCUGAGACCUCCUGACCUCUGGAUUCACCACGAGGAGAUGGAGCUGAAGAACAUGGAGAAGCCCUCGAGCUCCGCUCCCUCUGGCCACGAGUCACCAAUCCCGAGCGUCCAGGAGAUCGCUCCCGUCAGCCACAGCCAAUCAGAGAGCCAGAUGGGCAGCAAGAGCAGCCACUCAGGUACAGACGGCGAUGAAGCUUCCAGCAGCAUUUCCACAUUAGAGCGAUCAUUAGCCGCCCGUAGGGCAACACGCAACAAGAUGAUGAUUCCCAUGGACUCUCAGCCCAGCAACACACCGGUGGUGAGUGCCAUCCCUGUGCCCACGCUGGAGAGCAGUCAGUACCCGGGCAUCUUGCCCUCACCCACCUGCGGAUUCAACCCUCACCCUAAAUUCACCCUGCGGCCGAUGCCCUUCUCCACACUCACCGUGGACCGAAGUUACGCUGCCGCGAUGUCAGCGGAGGGCGGAGCUUCAAUCCCCACCCAACAACAACAAAAACCUCUGAUUCCCACGGCGCAGUCAGAACCGUCGGAAGAGAUUCCCAGCCGCACCAUCCCGACCGCAUGUGUGCGCCCCACUCACCCGCUGCGCAGCUUCACCAACCCCCUUCUGCCGCCACCCAUGGGCACCAUCGACCCAAAGGUCUACACACCCAUGAUGACCCAGACAGGUGGCAGUUUACCCAAACCGCAGAUGAAGACCGCAUCACUGGGGCAGGCUGGGAAGGCCAGGUCACCAUUACUGCCCGUCUCUGUACCGACCGCCCCUGAGACUGGUGAGGAGGGGCAGAAAUCAGACGACCCAUCAAGUGUGUAUGAGCAGGAUGAUUUGAGCGAGCAGAUGGCGAGUCUAGAAGGUUUGAUGAAGCAGCUGAACGCCAUCACAGGUUCAGCUUUUUAACACACACUUGUCCAGAACCCGUGCAGAGGAACCAGCACCUGAAACCAGGAACUCUCAGACUGUCUAGUGUUGACGUUCCUUUCGCCCGGCCUUCAUCUGCUUAUCCACAGAAGACCUGAAACGGGACACAAGAAGGGAAAAUGACAAACAGACUCAAAUGGAGCACCACAAAAUGACUCUUUUCUUACACUGUCUGGAAUUUUAAACUUGUUUCUCCUCACAAAUGUUCUUGGGUUGGUGGUUUCCACCACACCCUUCAGCCUAUGUGAUCUCCAUCCCGCUAAAAACUGAAGUCCGCUCUCAAACCCGAAUCCUCGCUGACUCCAGUUUCUCCACAGGUUUCACGCCUGGCUUCGUGUGGAUCCAUCCAAAUGUACAAAUUUAAGAAUCUGCUGUUGGAAGCACCUCUAAUUAGACUAUUGGAGUAAUUCAACGUCUAUGAUGGUUACAGAACUGGAUCCAUUUCUCUGCCUCAGAACCUUUCCAAAUAUCUUGUUGAGUUGCCAAAAUACAGAGCUCUCCAGUCAUGUCUUGCCAAUCAGUUGCUGCCACGAUCCCUUAAAAUACAUUUCACUCUGUGGAUUGUAUAUUCAUUCCUUGGGGAGGAUAUUUCGGUGGAAAAAAUCGGUUUGUCUCAGACACAGUUACAUCGUUACUCUUUCAUUAGUUCAUUGAGUUUUGGAUGAGUUUUGGAAGAAUGGAAAUAAAUAAGUUCAACCAUUUUGUUGUUGAUAUCCCUAUUUUAUCCAUUUCGUUUGUUGACAUUUCGUUUGUUUGUUGUGAAACUUCUAAAAGACACUUUUUUACGGAAACGCUAUGGUAUUUUUACAUCAACAAAUGAUGCUGAAACCGUUUGCCUGGUUUGUUACAUACUGAUUCCUGGAAUGCACCGAUCAGAGGGUGUGAAGCUCGCCUGCGGACGAGUGAAUUACUGAUGAGUGUACGAAGAGUUCGGGUUUGAUGGAUCGGUCAUAUCGACAUCAUAAAUUCAACAGAGAGACGUGCUGCUUUGUUGAAAUCUUGUUUUUCCUUUUCUGUUCACAUUUAAACCCUUUUUGUUUUGUGUGGAAGAGAAAAAGAGACAUUUUGAUGUGCCUAUAUACUGUACAGUAUAUAUACAUAUUUUUUGCUUACUUUUUAGUCACUUUAUUUAUUUGCCAUGUGACAAAUGUUGCUUAAUUCCACAUAUCUAAACCUGCAAGACAAAAAAGAAGUGACAAAACAAACGCAGUUGCAGGGUAAAGAGGAGAGAAGUGGCUGUGUUUGGUCAGUUUUUCCCACUAUAGGAAGAUGGACAUGUCCCUAUAUUUGAUAUUUUUCUCGAGCAGUAUGUGUGUGUUACCAUGGAGAACAAAUGAAUCACUGUAGCAACACGUGAAAAUAUGCUGUUUUUUACUGUACAGUUCCAGAGAACAAUUGCUGGUGACAUUAUUGACUUGGGUGCGGGUGGGCGUCGCGUUUUUACUGAUAUAUUUAAUAUAUAUGAUUUAGAGUGUUCCUUUCACAUUAAUUUAUAAGGAUGAUGUGAUGAAUUAAUUCUAAAGCUUUUAUUGAACCCAUUAGGAAAGUAAAAAUGGAGAAUUCCACUGUGGAAUUUUGGGAACGGCCUCCGGAAUCUCACUGUGUUUUUGAAACUGUCCUGAUCGGAACGUUGAAACUGAACUAUUUUUGCUUCGGCAUCAUUACACACACCUUUGGUUUUAUGCAUCAUGUCAGUUGUGUGGAUUACGACAUUACUGGCAAACAGGACGAGACACGUUUGGUUUUGUCCAGAAUGGAGCGUCUGAACUUGAAGAACACUGGCAACAUUAUUUUGUCUGUCAGAACAAACACUCGUACGUUUGCUUCAUAGUCCUACAUUUGUCUUUCUCACUGUGAAGAAUUAAAAUUUCUCCUUUUAGGGAAGAGUUCUGUCAUCAUUUACUCACCUUUAUGUUGUUUCAAACCCGAAUGAUGGACUUUCUUCCAUUAAACACAAAAGGAGAAGAAUCUUUAUUCAGCUCGUUCCAUACAGCAAUAGUGCAACCGCAAAAAAUGGACGAACAACCACCAUUAAAUUAUCAUAAACGUAGUCCAGUACUCUUUUAAGUCAUAAAAGUAUUUGAAUACAAACUCAAAUAUGAUUUGAGAGACGAUUACCAGUGCAUAACGACUUAAAUUUGGGGCUGUUCCUCACACAAAGCUAUCGUAUGUCUUUGAAAGUCUUUGAUUAUAGUGCAUGAGUCACACGGACUACUUUAAUGACGGUUUUAAUAAUAAUAAUAAUAAUAAUAAUUCCUUACAUUUAUAUAGCGCUUUUCUAGGCACACAGUGGCUUUACAUAGUAUAGGGGGACUCCCCUCAACCACCACCAGUGUGCAGCAUCCACCUGGAUGAUGCAACACCAGACAUAGUGCAUCAGUACACUCACCCCACACCAACUAUUGGUGGAGAGGAGAGAGUAGAGUGAUGUAGCCAAUUCAGGGAUGGGGAUUAUUAGGAGGCCAUGAUAGAUAAGGGCCAAUGGUGGGAAUUUGGCCAGGACACCAUGGUUAUACGCCUACUCUUACAAGGAGUGCUCUAGGAUGUUUAAUGACCACAGACAGUCAGGACCUCGGUUUAACGUCUCAUCCAAAGGACAGCGCUUUUUUACAGUAUAGUGUCCCCGUCACUAUACUGGGGCAUUAGGACCUAUACAGACUGCAGGGUGAGCACCCCCUGCUGGCCUCCCUAAUACCUCUUCCAGCACCAACCUUAGUUUUCCCCAGGAGGUCUCCCAUCCAGGUACUGGUCAGGCUCAACUGGGAUGGCAUGAGGGUGAGUAAAUGUGGAGAGAAUUUUCAUUUUUUGGGUGAACUAUCCCUUUAAUGACAGAAUUUCACCCAAAUAAUUUGAAGGCAAAUGUGGAGAAACAUUGGCAAAUGCAUUACAGAUUGUUUUCUACACAUUCAUGUUGAUUCUGUCAGACUUAUGAAAAUGCAAGAGAAAAAAAGAAUUCUUAUGUGUAUGUUGACUUCAUCCUUAACUUGUCCAAUUUUAGCCUUGUUAACCAAAUUAGAGUAGUCAUUGAAAUAUGAAGAACAUUUUUCCAUGUAAAGAGAGGGGGGGACAGAGUAAAAGCCCAUGGGGGUUUCUACCCAUCACGUUGUAUACAAUUGCUGGUUUUGUAAUGCACUGUAGAACAGUCCAAUGGUCCAUUUUUAUAUAGAAAUGUUAUUUCAAUGGUGCAUUCUUUUUGUUUGAUAAAUAAAGUUUUUGAUAAUAAAAAGUGUCUUUUGCAGAUUUUCUUUUCUUUAUCUUGUA